AUGCAAUUAUUAUUCUUGUUCUUCUUGAUAGGAGGUUACUAUAGUUGGCAUCCCAUUUUGUUGUCAAGAAUAAUAGAACCAAUUGAUAAUGAAAAUAUUAUAAUCUAAGAUGAUUAUUUAAUAACUGCUGAAGGAAACUUUUCUAUCUCUUAUCAAGGUUUGCCAGGAUAUAGAGAAUUAUACUUAGUGUUUGAUGCUAAAACAAAUAAGAGUCAAAGUGAUAUAUUAAUAAUAGUAAAUGGAGUUAAAAGAGGUGUGAUUUAGUUAGAAGGAGAGUACAAUUAAUUUCAUUUGUAAUUUUAACACCAAGCUCCAAAUGUAGUGAUUUAGAUUAGAUUUGAAAAAUAAACCAAGGUAGAAAUACGAAACUUUAAUAUGUUUAUUAAAGAAUGCCAAAAGGGUUGUAAAUAUUGUCUAUCAGGCUCAUGUGAUCUUGAGUUAUUUGAAAACUGUAAUAAACUGAGAUACAAGGACUAAUGUUUAGAGGAAUGCCCUGAGGGUACCAUAGCUGAAUAUAACUCGUGUGUACAAGCCAGUAAUAUAUUUCUCUAAGGUUUAGGUUUAACAGAGAUUGAAUAAGCGAAAACAUUUUUGUAGGAAGAACUUAAUACAAUUUAGAAAUUUGGAGGGGAGAAAUAAGUCAAAUUAAAUUUUGAAACUGAUUUUAAUGGUCAUUUGGAAAUUGUGUUCAAUUGUUAUAGUAAAUAAGUAACAAAUUGGGACCAGCUUCUAAAAAUAGAUUUGAUGAAUGGUAAGUCUCAAGUAUUGUAUCCAUUUCUGUUUACUUAUUGGAAUUUACAAUCUCAAAAAUUUUGUAAGUCUAAGUUUGAAUUGGAGUGUGUGUAAGUGAGGGGGUUAUUUGAGAUGGAUUUUCUUAAAUAAAAUUAAAUCAAUAUCAAUAGUUAUUCAAAAAAGAUAGAAUAAACUGGAUUUUGGGAAAUAGAGAGUCUUAAGAUUUAUAAUGUAGGACAGAGAUCUUACGAAUGUGAAAUAAAGAAUUGUAGUUAAUGUUCAUAUCAUAACUAAUGUGCAAAGUGUGCUGAAGGAUUUUAUGUAUAUUAGAAUGAAUGCAUAAAGAAAUGUCCUUUUUAUACAGUAAAAUAUGAAAGUAGUUGCAUAAAUUUAGAUGAAAAGCAUACGGGUAAAAUUAAUAAGUAACCUGUAGACAUAAACUUGUUAGUGAGAUUAGUAUCGCCUUUCCAGGAUAUAAAAGAGAUCUUAGGUUAAAUAUCUUUUGAUUUGACAGAGAAGAUUAGUUUUAGAUAUGAGAAUGAAACAACGUUUAUAGGAGGAGGGUUAUUGGACCAAUGGCGACGUACGUCAUUUUCGAAGUAAAUGAAUUUGGGGAAACACUAUGCAAUUAGAAUCAUGUUCAAUAUAUCUAUAGAGAAUUCAAGUUUAGAAUCAGACAGUUUUAUUUAUUCAAUUGAUGGUAGAACUUUUAAUGUUUAUAAAAAUACAAGUUACGUUGAUCAUACAAUCAAUCAUAAUAAAAACAUCUUAAACUUAAAUUUAGGAUGUAGAAUCUCGAGUAAUGGUAGAUGUGUGAUUUCAAAUUACUAUUUUAUGACUAUGAAAGUAAUAGUGUGUUUAGAUAUUUCUCUAGUGUUCUCCACUCUGUUAGAGUUGUACAGGGCCAUCUUAAUAGGAAUGUAAAGUGUAUUAGUCUAAUAUUGAAAAAUUCGAUUAUCAGAACAAUUAGUGUUAGGAUGGAUACUACUUGAGUGAUAAUGGGUGUCAAGUCUGUUCGCAAGGUUGCUUAAUAUGUUAGAAUUUGAAUAAGUGUCUCAAAUGUCAGGAUACACGAGAGGCUGAGUUUAUUUGUAAACCGAAUCUUUGA